ACUCCCAUCUCCGCAUCUCCUUUAUAUUCCACCCGGCCAAACAAUAAGUAACACCUAGCCAAUCACGUGGCGUCUAUACAGCUAGCUUCCCUGCAGCCAGGGAGACCAGAGAGGCAGAGACUCCUCCGCGCUCCACAAGUACGCGCAGAGUCAGAGUACCAGUAAGAAGGACAGGAGCGGGGAGGAGAGGAGAGGAGAUCCAUGGCGAGCAGCAUCGGGGGAGGGGACGCAGGGGAAGGGGAGUGGCUCAAGAUCGCCGAGCUGAGGGCCAUGGCGGAAGCCCAGGACCCGCAUGUCAAGGAGGUGGACAGCCUGACGCUCCGGAGGUUCCUGCGGGCGCGCGGCCAUGUCGUCGGCAAGGCCUCGGCGAUGCUGCUCAAGUUCGUGGCGUGGAGGCGGGAGGCCGUGCCCGGCGGCGUCAUGCCGGCGGAGCUGGUGCGGACGGAGCUGUCGCACGAGAUGACCUACAUGGCCGGCACCGACCGCGCCGGCCGCCCCGUCAUGCUCGCCUUCCCCGCCAAGCACUUCUCGGCCACCCGCGACAUGGCCGGCUUCAAGCGCUAUAUUGUCUACUUGUUCGACGCCAUGUGUGCCAGGAUCCCUAGAGGGCAGGAGAAGUUUCUGUGCGUCGUGGAUCUAAAGGGGUGGGGGUACGCCAACUGCGACGUCCGCGCCUACAUCGCGGCCAUCGAGAUCCUGCAGAGCUACUACCCGGAGAGGCUGGGCAAGGCGCUGAUGAUCCAUGUGCCCUACCUGUUCAUGAAGGCGUGGAAGCUGGUUCAGCCCUUCAUCGACGCCAACACCAGGGACAAGUUCGUGUUCGUGGACGACAAGAGCUUGGAGGAGACGCUGCGGCGGGAGAUGGAGGACGGCCAGCUCCCGGAGAUGUACGGCGGGAAGAUGCCCAUCGUUCCCCUCGCGUAGAGUGAGGAGGAGCACGGAAGAGGAAUGGAUGUACCUGAAACAAACUAACCAUGUGUGCGAUGUCGAUGUAACCAGGGGAGGGAGACGAGCGCAGCUUGCUCUCGCUCUCUUGCAGCGCUGUGACUGCUUCGUACGUGUGGCCAGCCCAGCCGGUGCUAACGUCGACGGAUCAAUAAUACGGAAGAACUCUAUGGUAUAUUAUAUCUUUUAUUAUCUUUGCUACUCCAGUAGACUACUAGUAGGGGGUAGAAUAUCUUUGCUAGUGGCAGCCUGUUGCCAUCCUUUGUCACUGUUUGAGACCUGGUGUCGUUACCAGAAGACCUGUAUGCGUGUUUGGUUUCGUUUUCUAUGAAAAUGGAGCCGGGGGUGCUCCCCUUUGAUCGAAAAAAGAACUCUAUGGUACUUAGUGUUAGGUAUAUAUCAAUAUAUGGGAUUAUGUCUGGUCACGUGAAGAUACCACCUUUUGUGCUGUAUCACAUAUCUGUGGGUCUAUGCUUCUCUCGUGUAGUUGUGGUGAACAAAUGGGAAACUUGUUUAUGUUUAUGUAAUAUAUGGAAUAAAUUCAAUCACAUUAGCCGUCC